AUGUCUCCAAAGUUUACAGUACUCUGGGCCGCGUCUGGAUUCACGCCAACACAUCCAGACGCGGUCCAGGAGAUGGCCAGUGAGAAAGCCAACCGCCUUCCUGCCAAAACACACCGCGUUGUGCAAAUCGGCCCAGGUGUUGCAGUCAAGUAUGGUCUGCUAGUUUCCAAGAAAGAGGCCGAGAAUAUGAUGAUUAUGGCCAAAAACACCAGCAUCCCAGUGCCCAAGGUGCUGGCGUACGGCACAUUCGGUCCAUUUCCCCGGUCCGCUCGCGAUAAUGUCAUCUGUGAUGGACAGUUCUACGAGACGUACAUUUACAUGGCCCUUGCAAAGGGCCAGUCUCUCGACAAAGCCUGGGAUUCUUGCACCAGACCAAGCCGAGAAGCCAUUUCGAAACAGCUCACUACAUACCUCCUAGAACUGCGCAAAUUAGAAGGCUCAUACAUCGGUUCACUCAACAGUGGUGCCGUCCUGGACAUGGCGUCUCCGUCGAUCAAAAGCAAAGGUCCAUUCAAAUCAGAGGGUCAGUUCAACACGGCACUCAGCAAUGCCUACAUCACCACCUUGGGUACCAGUGGACUUGACAUCCGGACUUUUGUUCGGGAGCUAUUGUCGAACAACGACCACAAGAUUCAUUUCACUCAUGGUAAUAUCAAGCCCCAGCAUAUCAUGGUCCACAAUGGCAGAGUGACUGCAAUUCUGGAUUGGGCACUGAGCGGAUUUUAUCCCGAGUACUGGGACUUCGCAAAGGCUCUUGACGGCGAUGGACUCGGCGAUGAGAGGGCAGUCUUCAUUAUGAAUACCUUUCCCCAGCAGUACGCUCUCGAAUAUCUCGUCUAUUGCUUCCUGACCGAAGUCCUGUGA